AUGUCUUUGACUAGUAAAGAAGUUAAUUAUAUAAUAUAUAGAUAUUUACAAGAAAGUGGUUAUGAUUUAUCUGCUUAUGCUUUGGAUCAACAACUGCAAUGUUCAAAAUAUGGUAAUGAAGACAUAAGAAAUAAGAUUAAACCGGGUUGUUUGAUUAGUUUAAUUCAAAAAGGUAUAUUAUAUACAAUUGCAGAAUCCGAAGUAAAAAGUGAACAAAGUUUAACAUUUUUAGGUAGUUUGAUAAAUAAUGAUUUGGAUUCAAUAACAGAAGAAGAAAUAAUACGAAGUCAAAAACAAAACGGAAAACAACAAUUAAAUGAACCAGAGGUGAUAAUUCCAAAUUUUAAAUUUAAUUCUAGUUUAACUUCAGAUUGGUAUGAGGAUAAAAUAGUAUAUGGGAAAGAAAAUAAUGCAAUUAUAAUAAUUAACAACGAUGAUGAAAUUAUUUUAUCACACCCUUUAAAUAUUGUUGAUUUGGUAAUAUUUCAUGAAUUUAAUUUAUGGUCUUGUGCUGGUUCAGAAAUAAGAGUAUGGUCACCGGAUGGUAAACUUAAAAAUAUUACAAAUUUACAAGAAGGUAUAAUAAUUAAAGAAUUAUUAUGGAAUGAUUCAAAUCAAUAUUUGAUGGUUUUAGAUUCAAACAAUACCGUCACUAUAUUAGACUCUGUAACAUUAAGUGUAAUCAAAAAGAUUAAUAGCAGUGAGUUAGUCACUUGUUGUUGGUUAAGUUGUGACAAAUUUGCAAUUACGACAAGUUCAAAUAAUAUAAAAAUAUUUGACAUUGAGAGUUUAAAACCAAUUGGAAUUUUAAAUGGACAUGAACACAUUAUAUCAUUAUUAAAAUUCGACAAACAAACAAAAUUACUAGCUUCAUGUUCAGAAACAGAUUAUAAUAUUAAAAUAUGGAAUAGUUCAUCAUCGUGUUUAGAUUUAAUUGGUAAAAAACAUACAAGCCCAAUAAUAGAACUAUGUUGGAACAAUGGUUUAUUAUACUCUAUUUCAAUUGAAGGUAUAAUUAAUAUAUGGAAUGAUCAAGGAAAUAAUUUAAAAAAUGGAAAACUAGUGAAUAAUUUAAUUUAUAUUGCUAAAUUGAGUCCGAAUGGGAAAUUAUUGGCUAUUGGUGAUGAUAAUGGUAAAGUAUUAAUAUUUAAUGAAAAUUUACACCUUAUAAAAGUGUAUCAACCUGAAAUGAUGGAAAAUAGUGGUAUUUGUGAUUUAAAAUGGAAUUUGGAGUCUAAUAAGUUGCUAUGUUCAUAUAAUGUAAUAGAUAGUGUAGUUUUAAAUGUAUAA